AUGAAGCAGAAGAAGAGUCAGAGCUCGUUGCUGCGUUUCUUCAGCCCGCCGUCAUUGGCCAGUGCGUCGACUUCCGAGAAGAAGAAGGAGAAGGAGAAGACACAUGAGGUAGAUGUAUGUGCUACUGAGGAAGGCCGUCACGUGGUGCAAGUGACUGUGCCACGAACGAUUGCCGCGUCGCAAGGCACGACGCGUAAGAAGAUUGAGUUUUCGCCCAAGAUACAGCAAACGGCGACGGCAAUUCAGGCGCAUGAAGACGGCAGCAGUGAUGAGCUGUUGGAUACGAAGCGAGGGGUGACGUCAUCGAUCGCUAGUGGCGUCAAGCGCAAGGCGUACGAAGAUUUCCUUGGCACGAGCUCAGAGGACGAGGACGAAGAGGUCAGGAAACCUGACACGAUGACGGACGGGCAGGAAAAGGAGAAGAAGGAACUGCUGGUACAGACGAAAAAGGGACGGGCUGGACGUCUUGUGAUUCGAGAUGAUGAUAAUGACGAAGACGACUCGGACAGAGAGGAGGAGCCUGUGGCUUUAGUAUCGUAUCGACGGAAGGUGCAGACCAUCACGCGCAACGUUGUGAGCAGUGAAGACGAGUGGAUGGAGCAGGACAGCUUGGAGGAAGGCGGUGGUGGCGACGAGUCCGAAUGUAGCGCUGCGGAACACGAACCUUCUGACGACGACGAUAUGGACGAUUUCGUGGUCGAGGAGGUCGAGGAAGAGGUUUUGCCACGCAAGAAGCGACGAAAGAGUGCGCCUGCCACGAGCAAGUCAACGAAGGUGGCGGUCAAGUCCUUUUCGUCUCCCCCACCUGCGGCCAAAACGAAAUGGAACGAUGCAUCUACCUCGCACACUGAGAAAGGUGCAGAUAGCUCCAGCAUGCCAAGCUCCGUUGCGGGGGCUGGCAACCAUAUCCAUGACUCGCUGUCUUGGCUACACGAAGAGCGACGUGAUAGUAAUGGCAACGCACCAGACUCGCCGGACUUUGAUCCACGCACUCUCAAAGUGCCAGCUGAAUUUUUGAGAAAAGAAACCCCAGCCAUGGUGCAGUGGUGGGAAGUGAAGGCGAAGAACAUGGACACGGUGCUCUUUUUCAAGGUCGGCAAGUUUUAUGAGUUGUUCCACAUGGAUGCCGAUGUUGGUUUCAAAGAGCUGAAUCUCAUCUAUAUGAAAGGGGAAAAAGCACACUCGGGCUUCCCAGAGAUCGCGUACUCGAAGAUGUCGUCGCAACUCGUCGCGAAGGGGUAUCGUGUUGCUCGCGUUGAACAAACAGAAACGCCUGACAUGUUGAAGGUCCGAAACAGCACUUUGGCAAAGAAAGCCAAAGUUGUGCGUCGUGAGGUGUGCUCGCUGCUGUCCGUCGGUACCAAUACUGUCAGCUUUUUAGACCCUCCUGUGUCGUCGCACGAUCAGAUGUCAAAGCACCUCCUCGCGCUGAAAGAGUUUUGCGAUCCUGCGCAAAAAACUGUGCGCUUCGGUCUUUGUAUGGUAGACUGCUCUACGGGCGCCUUCCAAAUUGCUGAGUUUGACGACACGGAGCAGCGUGACCGUCUGAAAACGCUCUUUGCCCAGUUUCACGUUGUAGAAGUCGUGACCGAGCGAUUCAAUUUAUCGGAUGUCACCAAGAUGGUGCUCAAGUACGCUGUACCUGCUGCGGUUCGGUCGUCCUUGCGAGUGGGCAAAGAGUUUUGGGACGCAUCAAAGACGAUUGACGAAAUUGAGCAGGCUGGGUAUUUCAAGGAGCACGGAUGGCCGGAAGAUGUUCUUUGCUUCCUGGAAAUGGACAAAGUAGUACGACCCGAGGGCCGACUUGCAGUCAGUGCUCUGGGAGGCUGCAUAUGGCAUUUGCGUCGAAGCAUAAUCGAUCGGGAGUUGCUUUCGCUUUGCAAGUUCAAACGGUACAAGCCUUCUGACGAGGAAGCGCGGGAUGCACGCUUUGACACUCUAGCAGUGUCUGCGGCAAAGUCUGAGCUGAACCAGCAAUAUGUCGUGUUGGACUCGCAGACGAUUAAGAACCUGGAGGUGCUUUGUAACAGUUUCGACGGCUCACGUUCGGGAUCGCUUAUCGACAUCAUGGACAAGACCGUGACGAGCUUUGGCCGCCGCAUGUUUCAGGAGUGGGUGUUGAAGCCGUUGUGCAAGAUAGGCGAUAUACAAGAGCGACUUGAUGCUGUUGAAGAGCUGGGUUCUUGCAGCGACGUGAUGAUGGAGAUUCGUGAGCUCCUCCGCAAACUGCCUGAUCUGGAGCGGUUGCUGUCCCGAAUCCACGCACUUGGAUCGGCGUACCGGUCGAAGGAACAUCCAGACAGCCGUGCAAUCAUGUACGAAUCGCAGCAGUACAAUGUUCGCAAGAUCAAAGAGUUUCUGUCCGUGCUGAACGGGUUUGAUACGGCCAUGAAUCUUGCCCUCGAGUUGGGGCCCCGUCUCUCUGGAUCCACCUCGCCUAUUCUUCGGACUCUGCUGGAAACAUUCGAUAUUGACAAUGGUGACUACCCUGACAUCCAUUGUGGGCACUUCCCCGACCUCACAAAGAGGCUCGAGUUUUUCAAGCGCAGUUUUGAUCAAGCUGCUGCAGCAAAGAGCGGUGAAAUAGUACCCCAAUCGGGCGUCGACACUGAGUUUGACGCAGCUUGUGCUGACAUUGCUCAGGUUGAGGCCGAGCUUGCGGAGUAUCUAAGCGAACAGCGCACGGCGCUACGGUGUCGAGACAUUUCCUACUGGGGCAAAAAGAAAGAGGACCGCUAUCAGUUGGAGGUCCCUGAAAGUGCACUGAAGCAGCAGCCAAAAGAGUACGAACUCAAGUCUCGCAAAAAGGGAUACAAACGCUUUCAUACACGAACCAUUUGCGACCUGCUGAAGCGCUUGGCUACAGCAGAAGCCCAGAAAGAGGAUGCCCUGAAGGAUCAGACACGCCGCAUUUUCCACAAGUUCGACGAGGACUACAAGUACUGGAUGAAAGCUGUACAAUGUCUGGCAGUGCUCGAUUGCCUCGUCAGUCUUGGAUUGCUAAGCAGCCAGAGCGAAGGAUACACGAAACCUGAAGUACUUGCCGCAAGCUCUGCGAAUGGAGGAACUCCAUUCAUCGAUAUUAGAGAAGGCGUGCACCCUUGCGUCGCUGCGAGCUACGACAAUGGCGAUUUUAUUCCGAAUGAUGCGCGCCUUGGUAUCGAAGGGAAAGGUCAAAUGAUCCUCCUCAGUGGGCCGAACAUGGGUGGAAAAUCUACGCUUCUGCGGCAAACCUGCGUUCUGACCCUCAUGGCUCAAAUAGGCAGCUUUGUUCCCGCUGCAAAGUGUCGCCUGAGUCCUGUGGAUCGCAUUUUCACCCGAAUUGGUGCGUCCGAUCGUAUUCUGGCUGGCCAAAGUACUCUGUACGUGGAGCUGGCCGAGACUGCUACGAUACUGAACCACGCAACUAGACACUCGCUUGUCAUUCUAGACGAGUUGGGGCGUGGAACCUCGACAUUUGACGGCACCGCGAUCGCAUACUCUGUCGUCGAGCACCUACUAAGCGAUAUCCGAUGCCGUACCAUGUUUGCGACUCAUUACCACUCGCUAGUCGAAGAGUACGCAGACAACGGAAAGGUAUCGCUAGGCCACAUGGGCUGCAUCGUGAACCCGGAAAACGAUCGCAAGGUCACGUUCCUGUACAAGCUCGAGGACGGCUCUUGCCCCAAGAGCUAUGGCAUCAACGUUGCCAUGCUGGCCAAGCUCCCGGAUGAAGUGAUCGAGUGUGCGGCGAAGAAGUCAGCGCAGUUUGAGCGCUCCUUGCAGGCGACAAACUCGCACACGGAGCUAGAGAGCGUCGAAGCGGCUCAACACAUACGGGACGCGCUAGCACAAGGCGAAGCGGGCUUUGAUAGCCUUUUGAAGCUGUGGGCUCGAUGCGUGGAUCGACUUGAGAUGCAAACAUGUGAUGUCGCGCCCGGAGCGUAG